AUGAACGGAAUUGGAUAUAGCCACCGGGCGAGGUUGGAACACAAAUCAACCUUCCGGGCGAACCAGCCUAGCAGUGAAACUCCUCGGACUUGUUCCAUGUGGGCUUCGCCUUGGCCUAUUCUCUCGACACAAUACCCUCCAGAAGGAAGUCCAAAGAAAGCUUUACUUCCCCACCAGCUGACCACAGACUCCAAUCACGGCACAGCCAUCCAUGGCCGCGCAAACGCUAGACUUGAGAACAUUCAACUUGCCGAGGCUGGCGGCUGA